AUUUUUGCAUCGUUUUUUUUCUUCCUGCAAUAUUUUUGUACAUUUUUUUUCUGUUUUCUGCUUUGUCUAGGAGAGAAAUGUUGAUCAUCUCUGUAGCAGGGCUGCUUAAAGUAAAUAUUUGCUGCUCUACUCUAGCAACUUUCGCUUAGUCACAUUAUGUCACGUACUUAGUGACAUAUUUUAAAUAUAUUUUUUAUAGUAUCCUGUACAUGUCUGGUCUACAGCAGCGCGUUUGGUGGACUGCCUUAUGCGAGCGAAUGUAAGCUAUUCGACUGAAACGCAAGUGAAGUGCCAAAGAAACAUCACGGUGUAUACGGAAGUACAAUACAAAUUCCUUCGUUGGUUUUGAGUUUACCAGCGAACUGAGCAAAAAGCACAAGAAACACACAGACAAACAAACAGGAGAAAGAAAACAGGCGAUCAUCCGGUCAGUAACACCGUACAGUAAAAGAAUAUAUAUAUUCAGUGAGAUGCUUUUCGAGCACACAUUUACUUUGUCAGUUUGAGGUUGAGUGCUACAAAAAAUAAAUAAAAACGAAUAGUAAAAAAUGAAAAGGGGAACAAGGCGAAAUUGAAUUUCUCCUCUCUCCCUUUUACUCUGUCAGUUGAGAUCUACCACGAUAGCUACAUUGUAGAGUGCAGAGCAGACAUAAUUGACUUCCACACCUGUCGCCCACUGACCGACGCAACCUUGGCAGUUAUUCCCACUAAAACGCGUUUCUAGCCACGCUGCCUGGCAUCUGUCUGGGAGUCUGACCGUUCCUAGCUUUCAGUUUCCGUAUCGGUUAACAAGUCCUUUGCCACAGGUUCACACAUUCCCCCUUUUUUUUUUCCCUUGCUGCGGAGCGUUCAUGCAGACGCAAAAGAGCGACCGAUCCACUGCAGGCGACAUCUAGGGAGCCAUCUAGGGACAGCACGCGCUCAUCUAGUGAGUAUUUCCCCGGCGGCCAUAUUGACGUAGAGAGCAAGGAGCAGCGGUCCUCGCCUCCCUUGGUUGCUUCCUGCUGCCGGUGCGAAGAGCGUUGUACCGUUAUUUGCUCGUGUGGUGAACUUCGUCUGGUGGAUCGGGAUGUUCAUGCUUCAAACGUGGAUACCGCAAACAACCGCCGGACCGGAUAUCUGAAAUGGGCUGAAGAAGGAGGAUCCUACUUCUCGUAACAUCCUCAUGCGGGCCCUAUGGAAGACGUCACAGCGAGGGUUGUGCUCGACGAUGGAGUCAUCCGGGAACACUCCGCCGAGGGAGACUCAGGAAAGUCCAGCGAUCUCUUCGAGCUACUCAACAGGCUUCAGAACAGUAGACUCGACGACCAGAGGUGUGAACUUCCAAUAGGAGAUGCUUCUACAAGGAGGAACAACAGUCCCGUCGUCAGCAAGGCAGAACGACAAAACAAGGACCAAGAAAGGCUUGAGGAGAUACUCCGGAAGCAGAUCAGUUACCCCAUGGUCGUUCUGCCAACCGGGGGAGGUUAUUGGGUGGAUGGCAUUGACUGUUCCUCACCCUCCGAUCUUUGCGACAGCGUCUUCGUUCCUGGUCACUUUACACCGAGGAAGAUUGACAGCGAGGAGAUUGCCAAAACGUACAGGAAAUACUUUCUCGGAAAGGAACAUUUCAAUUUCGUUGGUCAAGACGACUCCGUCGGUCUGUUUGUGCUCUCAUUGAAGCUUGAGUCUGCCGAUGAGAAGAAUGAAUAUUACAGGGUUAUGCUGCGGACAAAGGAUGGGAUCCUGGUGGAUCUCAUACCAAGCAACCCCGGUACAGAAAUCUGGACAGCAGCCUGCUUCGUGAAGUACCUCUGUGAUAAUGCUUCAAACACCGUUAUUCAGCCGGUUUCAUUUCCAAAGGUCUCUGAGAUGCUCAUAAACUACGAUGAACAAGUUCUAGUCAACAAGUACAAGUUCGGAAUCAUAUACCAAUCCUUUGGCCAAAAAAAAGAGGAAGAACUUUUCGGAAACAGACGUCACAGUGAAGCUAUGGACGAAUUUCUUCACAUGCUCGCGGAGAAAGUCACCCUCAAAGAUUUUCUAGGGUUCCGAGGGGGUCUGGAUACGCAACACGGCCAAACGGGUGACGAGUCGUACUACACGUCCUUCAAUGGUUGCGAAAUUAUGUUUCAUGUCUCCACUUUGCUUCCAUACACGGAAGGAGAUGAUCAACAGCUCCAGCGGAAACGGCAUAUUGGAAACGACAUUGUAGCGAUCAUCUUUCAAGAUAAGAACACACCUUUCAUGCCAACCAUGAUUGCAUCCAACUUUCUCCACUCAUACAUCGUUGUACAGCCAAUUAAGUCUUCUCGAGUGCGGCCCGGAUCGACGAGGUACAAGGUGGCCGUGACAGCUCGUCUAGACGUGCCCUUCUUCGAGCCAAAGUUACCAGUUCCUGCAGAGUUCGAAGGCGGACCCGAAUUCCGAAAGUUCCUCCUCACCAAACUCAUCAAUGCCGAGAACGCUUCCUACCGAGCCGACAAGUUCUCCAAACUUGAAGCCCGUACGCGUUCCUCGCUGCUACAAACUUUGCACGACCAACUGUCGUCGAAGACGCAAGAUUUCCUGACCAGCCGCAGCACACCGUGUGAAGGGAUGGACAAAUCGGAACAGAAUGGUUCGCCUGGAUUUCUGGACGGAUUCUUCAGAAAAGCGCUGAGCGUGAAAAUCCGCAGCCAAUCCAUAGAGUCCAACCUGGCCAAGAGGUCGUCGUCGAGUGCCAGCAACAGCAGCUUAACGAAUACGGUCAUCGGAGAAAACACGCCGUUUAACGCUAAUACGCCUCGAGCUCAGAGCAGCAGGAACGUUAGCCAGGGGUCGCCAUCGCAAGGGACAGUUCGAAGCAAAAUGGAUUUCCCAACGGUGACGUCAAUCCUGUCCCUGAGCCGGCGACGACCCAACUCGAGUCCGAGCACCCCAGUGUCUAGUCCCGGGACGCCUCCGCCCGUUAACAAGCACCAACAGCAGCCGGAGUCAGAUAACUCGAGCAUCAACAGCGUCGAGUCAGACGUCGGCCCACAAGACGGCCUCAUGUCGUCUUCGAUGCAUCGAGCAGGGACGACUUCAGAGGCGACCAGAACCUUACGGGUGCCCACAGUCGAGGAGGUGGCCCAAACGUACUCUGAACAGAUCGAGGCGUUAUCUCAAGAACUUUGCAAGCUGAAACGGGAGAGGACGGAUUGGACUCGAGAAAAGACGGUGAUACAAACCGACCUUCAGAAGCUGGCCGAAAAAGAAAUGCGACUGACUACAGAACUGUCCUUGGCCAAGCGCGAGAUCGCGCGAAUGGCAAAACAGGAAUGACAGCCAGCGAGCCAGAUGGCGUACGCCAAAGACUAGUCAACUACAACGUCGAGAGCUAUUGUGUUGUGCACUCGUACAUUGACUCGUGCGCUUUCCUAUAUCUUUUGAACAAUGUGUAACGCACUUUUAAGUCGCCUCGACCGCUUCCGCGAAUUUGUCGCACAACGUGACAGCCGAGGUGGCUUAGUCGUGUUUUACCGAAAGAUACCGGUGAUUCAGAAAGCUUACAAAGAGUACAUACUUGAUUUAGUGCGAUUUCUUUCUUUUUUUUUUUUACUAUAUCUGCUGUCCGCUGUGAAUACGUUUCGAGGUGCUUUUUGCGUGGAUCGAUGGAACUUCUCCAAGGACACGAGCGAGAACCAUGACUUGCGGUACAUUCCCCCUCCCCCACACACUUCCCUCAUUCCUGAAGGUCCUCAACCUCCUGAAGACUUCCACUGAAGAUCCCUAUGCACAUAGCAAUGGUGCAGUCUUCGCGCACUUAUAUACGCGAGGACCUUCGUGAUGUUAUAAUAAGAUCGCGCUAAACGAAGUGUUUUUCUAUUGCAGAUGCCGUUGUUGUACAUAAUGCUGUUGUUGUUGUUGUUGUUCUUGUUGUUGCUGUGAAGGCGUCUCACUGGUUAAGCCCAACUGUUACAUGAAUUGUAGAAAUCCGCGUGCCCGGAUCCACACCUUUUUCGUAUGUGUGUGCGCGUGUGUGUUAUAUGCAACGCGAUUGUUUGCACACAAAUUGCAGUGAAACUGCGUUAUUUUGGGGAAUUUGAAGUGCCACAAUAGAAGCCCUGCAGUUCUUUCUAUCAUCUGCGUGGGAAGACUGCGAAUUUUGGCAAAAAUGUAAGAAUUGAAGCUUGCGGCAUAGUUGCCGUGAAAGCUGUCGAAACCCCAAAUCAAGAGACACCAGUGUGUAGUCAACAAAUGAAACCGGAUGAUGUUAUGAAAACGCUUAAAGCUCGUAUAAAAAUUAUGAAAAUGAACGUUAAGAAUCAAAUAAAAUUAUAGUCUAUUAAAAAUUAAAAUUUUAUGAAAAAUAAACAUGAAAAACAGUUCAGUUGCGAUACUGACGCGACCUUACGAAGGUUACGACUCAAACGACCACGCCGAGAAAAAAAAAAGUAUCGAUAGCUCUUUUAUAUAUCGACAAUUUUGCGUAUGGACGCUGUGAAGGUCAGUGCACAAAUUAGUUACCUCGGGAAUUUUGCAAUGGAGCUUUUUUGCACUCUGAGGCAAUGGAACUUUAACUUAACAUUGUUUGAUAACUGCCUUUUUGCGCUACACGAGCUUAUUUAUAAAUCUUAAACACCGCGGAACGCUUUUCUGAUCUGCUGUUUCAUUCGUCUUUUCCGUUCUCCUUGUGCACUACCUUGCACUUUUUCGAAACCUACAAGCUGCUUUUCUAUGUACACAGUCACACGAUGCCCUGUCCUGGGCUGUUGUAUUGAGGCGAUAUAAACCACGAACACAUAAGCAGUGCAGCCGCAACAGUUUUACUACAGUUGUCACAAAAUGUGUUGUCGUGCCUACUACCAUGAAUAUUGUUUGCAAUUGAGCGAUUUAUUUCCCUUCUACUUGUGCCAACGAGAGUUCCCACACCAGUACCAGUGUACGCCAGUACAAGUGUUCUGAAACUGGUCCGGGACUAGCAGACAUACAGGUCGAAGCCACACCGCCUCUGACCCACACAGGGCUAGUUUUGGUGCGGUCGUCGAACCUUUUUGCCCGACGCCAUUGACUUUUCUGCAAUGGCCACUGCGACUGGAGAGUGGCUAUUACAAAAGUGAUUGGCAGUGGAGAGGAGGAGAGGUGCUUGGUUACUUCCUGAACGACACGAAGACUGUCGUGUUUGUUUGGGAAUCUUCUUGCGGAACUUGUCUACAGAUUUGCGCAGGCUGUGGGAACUGACAGAGAUUGCAGACACUGCACAUUGUUGGCCCCCUGUCUCCGCUCAUGUUAACUCAAUUAUCGGUUCCAAUGUGCAUGUGUGCUUGUAGUUGUUACAGCCAACGUAUAAGAUCUACCAAAGUAGUUUUCCUUGAGGACUGGUUGCCUGUGAUUUAUUGUGUAGGAGUACCGUGUGUUCACACGAGCGACGUCCUCACGGAAGAUUCUAGCGGAAGAAAAAGCGAAAACACUGCUCAGGGAGCCGAAAUUCCGUCCCGUGUUAUGUUGAGCAUUCACACGGUGCCGGAAUAUCGGGAGUGGCGUACUGCGCACUUAGCAGACGACACCGCCAGCGUCUUUUCCUGUCGUCUGCUACGGAAUAUUUUGCCUGUCUCGCAGGAUAUUCCCGACGGUUAGCAGUGUCAACACCACCCAGAUGAGAAAGCCUGCUUAAUCGUCGCCGUGACGUAACAACAGAGAAACAGCCAAUGAGGAUCGUGUUAUAAACUGCCGUAGCCAAUCGCGAACGUGCUUUCAGCGGUCGUAGCCAUGGAGACGAGACACCGUCGGCCUCAUGGACAGCCACUGUCGUCUGCGAGUAAUGAAUAGGUCCCCGCGUACGAAAUGGAAAGCAAAAUAAAGCGCAAGAUGGUCCCACAUUUUUCUCAAGACUGAUUUUCUGGAAAGCGUAUUUCACCUUUAGUCUAUCGGUUAAAAUUUGCGAAAUUAGCAUCAACCAUUUGCGAGUUCUUUAAUUCGCAGAGCGGCGAAUCGCUGUAGCAGACGAAUUCUGAUGAUAUGUGUCACGUAGCGAAGGAGGGAGAGGAGGCGUUAAGCAGACCUUCUGUAUCUAGGUGGCGUUGCCAGUGCACGUGAAGACAGGACGUUGAGUGCUCGCGCUCACGUGACAGUAGAAAGCUAUGACGUCAUUGUGGGGAAUGUCGCUCUUGUGAACACACGGAUAACGUAGGAAGCAUGGUACAAAAUUACUGUAGUAUAUAUCGCCGUCCGUGACCUUCAUGUGCUACACUGUCAUUGUUGUGUAAGACAUAGGGCUUAUACAUACACGCUGUGUACGGACGUAGUUUCAAAGUAUAUUUCGCACAUGGAUGGGCAGAGCACUUAUGCAAUAUGCAAACGAAAGCCUCAACUACAGAAUGUCGAGAGAUAAAGUUUGCAGUUCUCUUCGUACCUCCCGCCAUCUUGACGCACCUUGAAUUUUGGAGAAACAAUUUUCUGCCCGAGUUUGAGUGGUUAACUUCUGGAGUGACACCAUUCCCUACUAACGCGGGAAGGGCGGGUCAAAUUUCUAACAACAGCUAUUCCUGUGGACAGUGCCCCGGUGCAACCCAGAUAUGCUCCGGCGAGGAGAAAAAUUUGAGGGUGUCUGAAUACUAGGUCCCUAAGUGUAGGGCGAAGAAAAUAACCCCAUCGUCUGCUCGAUAUCCGCCAUUUUGACUCCAAAGCACAGCGCUUACAUUUGACACUUAGCUAAACACUACACUGAAAGGGACAGUCGCAUUCGGAAACCCGUAUAUGGAACCGAUUCCACUAUGUUCGGCAUCGGCGGACAAUCUACCUGGCUAAUUUUUUCGUCCAAUAACUGCUUAGAUAUUAAGAAAACGAAUUUUAAAUAUCAGCGCCGCUUCCACGGCUGCAGAGACGUCACGUGACGUCAGGCGGCAUGAAGGCAGGAGGAGAAAGGCAUAGAAAUCAUACUCUCCUUAUGAUUUCUAUAGAGAAAGGCGACGUCCACGCGCCCGCACGGCCACUGCAUUCCUUUUCUCUAGGCCGUGCUCUAAUUGGUGGUGUAGGGAAUGACGUUUUCGCCUUUUUUCAGAGUGGGAACUCCGGCGUACUCUCAACAUCCGGCGUCUGCUCUUGUCAUGUAUUCCACCGAAUAAUAGACUGCGCCGCUAUUUCUCGUGGGAUUUUCGACACCGUGGUAGAAAAUGACGAGGAAAUGAGUUUCGACGAAGAAUAAAAUGACACAGUAGUUUCGAAAUCGACCGAAACGGAUGCAACCGUCCCUUCAAGAACAGACAAAUAGCAGACUAGGCUUGAGAGGUUGGCGGAAGCGAAACACAGCAUCCAGGCAAGGUGACCGAUCGCGUCAAAAUGGCGGCGUCCUGCAGGUGCCUCUGCUCCACACAGAGGGGCUAGUGUUCAGGUUCCCUACCACCACCGCCGGUGGUUUUGCGUGUGUAUAUGACUGUGCACAGUAAUUCGAGGUCUUCUAAUCUGAGAACGACAUAAAAGCAUUUCUUAAUUCUUGCUAAGGAAGGUGCCAUUUUAAGUGUGCUUUCGUAUUCUACGGGUGACUAAAAAUAGCCCUUGGUGUUGUUCUGCAAAAGUAUGUGGAUUACUUUGUCUGAGGGCGUGGAUAUCACUGUCCCUCAUAGAUAUUGAGCUUUAUGGCGUGCUUAUUUAUUUCAAGAUGGUGAGUACUUCAUUUUUUGCAGGUUUAAAACGGUUUCUGCUGAUACCCUAAGCAUUUGAUAUCUCCCGCACAAACGAACAACCUAUGCCGCAUAUUACAACUGUCAUUCUUUAUCUGAUAGCAGAGAAGGACUCCUAUAUUUUCAUAGUUACAUGCUCUAUGUAGUUCCUGUGCACAAGUGAAUAAAGCCAAUCGAAACCAGUGA